UGUGUCUCCGGACACAGCGGAUCACCGAUCUACGGAAAGAGCCGAAGAUGCUGGCACGGUCAUGUGCUCAGCUGUGUCCAAUCACAGCUGAUCACAUGGGACAUGUACACUGAUCAUCAGGACACUGAUGAUCAGUGUGUCCUGAUGAUCAGUGUGGCCCCAGAAGUGCCACCUGUCAGUGUCCAUCAGUGCCAGCUGACAGUGCUGAACAGUGCCACUUGCCAGUGCCACAUCAAUGCCACAUACCAGUGCACAUCAAUGCCACAUAUCAGUGCCCAUCUGAGCUGCCUUUCAGUGUCGCCAGUCAGUGCCACCUAUCAGUGCUGCCAGUCAGUGCCACCUAUCAGUGCCAGUCAGUGCCGCCUAUCAGUGCCAUAUAUCAGUGCUGCCUUUCAGUGCCCAUCAGUGAUGCCUGUCAAUGUCCAUCAGUGCCACCUACCAGUGCCUCCUCAUCAGUGCCACCUAUCAGUGUCCAUCAGUGCAGCCUAUCAGUGCCCAUCACUG